UCUAUCAACCUGCUGACAGAGAAUGUACAGAAGCCACAAUAUGUGAUGGAGGGUUCAGGCAGUGAUGGACAUCUGCUGUCAUCAGUGGUCACAGCUAACAGUACUCCUAGUGAUAUUCCAAUCUGUAGAAUUUGCCAUGAACCGAGUGAUAAAGAGAACCUUCUCUCACCAUGCGAGUGUGCUGGGACUCUGGGGACAGUUCAUCGCAGUUGUCUGGAGCAAUGGCUUGCAGCUUCCUGUUCCAAUCACUGUGAAGUAUGUCACUUUGAAUUUGCUUUGGAGAGAAUGCCAAGGCCCCUGACUGAGUGGCUAAAGGAUCCUGCUCUACAACAAAAGAGGAGAAUGCUGUGUGGAGACAUCAUCUGUUUUCUUUUCAUUACGCCAUUGGCCAUUUUGUCUGGCUGGCUGUGUGUUCAAGGAACCGUUGACCAUUUUUACUUCAGUAGUAGCGUGGAAGCCAUUGGUCUGCUUAUCCUUUCAGCUGUUCUAAUUACAAUCUACCUACUUUGGACCACGGCUUCUUUUCGAUAUCACAUUCGACUGCUCAAAGAAUGGAGACGGACCAACCAGAAUGUGAAACUGCUCAUUCCAAAAUCACAAGUGUUACUAGGCAAAAAAACCCAUCUCCUAGCUCAAAACACGAGCAUAAUUGUUUCUAAAGAGACUAUUGUCUAACUUUCUAAAAGAAUUGCCUUAAAUGCUGAGAUGUACAAUGUUGGCAGGAGGGACCAAUGUUCUGAAUUGUUGUGGAAACUGAGAAGGAUGUAUGUUCUGGUAAUGCGUAGACGGGUGAGAAAUGUAAGCUGUUGACUGUGACUUUUCUAUGAACAAUGUUAAUUCUCAACCAACCAUUCCUUCUGUGGUAUUUGUACUGGGAACUGUUUACGAUUAGCUUUCUAAAGAGCAGGAAAGACGAAAGUGAAAGUUCUUUUUCCACUGUUGUGUGAAUCCCUGUUUUCCACCUACCAAAAAUGGCCAUGUAAUUCUUUAUAACUUUGAGAGUUCUUGUGUUACAUGGAAAAAAAAAGCUUGUGUGUGUGUGUGUGUGUGUGUUUUUGGGGAGAUGCAAGUUCCUCCUUGAGAAAAUUAAAAUUACAAGGAAGUAGCAGACUCACUGAGCUCCUCUUCAUUUAGAUAUGGAGCUGCUAAAACCCAGUGGCAUGGUACUUACUCAAUGGCUUUUGUUGCAACUGACCCCUCUCUGGCUUAGGUUUCAGUGAUGAGCAUGUGCUAUCAGCAAACACAAUGCUCCAUUUGGAUCCUUAUUAUCCAUCCACAACUAUCCUCAAAACCUUGUACAUUUAUUGUGUCACACAUUGGUACAGAAACCAAAAAACAAGAUCCAGUACACAAUAUGGUAUUCUCCUGCAAAAUGAAAACGUUGCUUGUCUGAAUAAACUUCAAAACCCAGGGGAAGCCAAAUUUGAAGAAAUUUCAAAAUAACACAUUUAUGAAUUAUCCAAGGAUUUGUUGACCCUAUUCAUCUUUCACUUUAACCCUGGUUUCAAAUUUAUUUUAGUGGCAAAAACAAGGAUUAUUUUGGGUCCUGCUGGCUGUUGAUCUAAGCAAUUAUUUGUUUUUAAAAAUAGUAAUGUGAUUCAUAUUGCUCGAUUUUGCCACUUCAGUCAGAUUCUGGACAGUGAACCUUAUCGUGAAUGAUUGCAAAGCCACGGUGGCUAAAGUGGACAUGUAACAGAAGUGACAAAGGAAUACCCAAUAGGCAUUAAAUAAUUGCAUUGUAUUGCUUUUAAAA